AUGGAAGGCGGCUUCAGCAAGGCACUGCUUAUGAGCAAAGAAGAUGGAACGGAGGUCGUUGCUAAACUUCCUUUCUCUAUUGCUGGGCCCCCUAAGUACCUCACAGCAUCUGAAGCAGCUGUUCUGCAAUACUUCCCCAAAGUCCUAGCAUGGAAUGCCGACUCUUCGAACCCAGUCGGUGCCGAAUACAUCAUAAUGGAGAAGGCUGCCGGCUGUCAACUGGUCAAGAAAUGGGGAGAGAUGGAAGAGUACAAUCAUUUUGAAUUUAUCGAAAACCUGUGCAAGGUUGAAGCUGAUCUCGCGGCGAUUGCUUUCCCCGCAAAUGGAAGUCUAUACUUCCGUGAGUCAAUGGGGGCUGACGACAAGUACGAACCACUCGCACCCGACAUGGAUCCUUCCGGUCAUUUUUGUAUUGGGCCGUCUUGCGAGCCGUCAUGGUUUGGCAAGGACGAAGCGGAAUCUGUACAGGCAAACCUUGAUCGAGGGCCAUGGCCUACACUACCUGCUUUUGGCGUUGCGCUUGCCGAACGCGAGAUUUCACGUAUCAAACAGAAUCCCAAAGUUGUACCCUACGGGCCGCCACGAGCCUCGACUGAGGAAGAACUUGCUGUUUUGGAAAUAGCUAAACAGCCUACCCAAAUCGUCUCACUUAUUGAUUUGCAAUCUAUUGUAGUCUCGCCUCUGUUUUACCAAGUUCGCUUCCCUGAAUUUAUAAGCAUUGGCGACGACUACAAGCUUGGGAACGAGGUACCAACGCUCCCGGAGAACUUUAAUGAAAUGGACGACGACGAUCAAGCGAUUGCUAGGUUCAGACACAAACAAGCAAUGAUGGGCAAGGCUUACGAGGCUGCCAGCGGUUUUAAGAACAAGAAUGUCCUUAAUUCCAUACGUCUUCCUCCUCUUUUCCGACAACUCUUUCUCCGUUGCGGAGAAGCGUGGGAAGAGGGUAUUGUACCUCUUCGUGCUUGCCUAAUUGCAAUAGCUGACGUAUGGAAUGAAGCGGGGUUUUCCGGCGAUUGUCCAUGCAAUUUCAGCGAGGAUGAGAUCCAAAAGUAUCAGCAGGAAUUUGAAGUAUACCGGGAUCACCACAAGAUCUAUGAACUGGCCCGAGAAUAUCUGGGUACCGAUGCCGACGGCUGGAUUGCCCCUGAUGAUGACUUUGAGGAGAAGCAGCAGCGGAACAAGGAACUGCUUGAAAUUUGCAUAGCUCACUGUGCGGAGUAUGGUAAAUCGGCUGAAGAGAUACGGAAGAUCUGGCCGUACUAA